UCGCAAAAACCGCAAAAUCCCCAAUCAGCUGAAACCCUAGCCGCGAGCCGCAUCUAAUUUGAGCCCGGUUCCACCAGCGACGUCUCGCCGGAGACGCCGCUGACACCUCGACGGAACCGACGCCUUCCACCGCCUACGCGGACCUUACCGUCGCGCAAUCCAGGGUUCGAUGGCCGCGUCGUCUCCGGCCUCCAGCGGCAAGGCGGCGAGCGACUCCUCCGCUCCUCCUCCGGCCCCUUCCCCCGUGGUAUCCAAUGGCAAUGGAACGCCGCAGAAGCCGCCCCCCGUCGCCGGAUUCGACAUGCCCAAGCCCAACCUCCGCGGCCUCAACAAACCUAAGUGCAUCCAGUGCGGCAACGUCGCCCGCUCCCGGUGCCCGUUCCAGUGUUGCAAGAGCUGCUGCUACAAAGCUCAGAACCCUUGCCACAUUCAUGUUCUCAAACAGAACAACACAUUGCCAGAGAAGACACCACCAGCUCCUAUCCCUUUGUCAGACCAACCAUCAACCAAUUCACCUUUAACCGGUUCUUCGUCGAGGCUGUCUUCCCUACAAAAGCUUCCUCAUCAUUUUCUGAAUUCAAUCCGAACAAGAAAGUCCCUUGCCAAGAAGGACAUUGCAAGCAUUAACAAGUGGAGGUUUAUGAAGCUAAAGGAACAUAUGCAAGGAGAUAUUGAUGUUGAAAAUGAAGCAUAUGAUAGGUACACACAGAAUAUUGGAUUGCUGGAGGAAACAUUCUAUCUCAAAGAAGAUUCUUCUGGUGAACAUGAAACUGAAGCAACUUCCUCAGAAGAAAUGAUGGAAAUAAUGGUCUCUGAGGCAAAGGUGAGGUUAAAAUCUGAUGGUGCAAAUGCAGCUGGCUUUAAAGAGAGGAUUGCCACUGUCUUGGACCAGAAGCUGAAGAAACUGCAAGAGAAGAACAGUGCCUACGAGGAUGACAACUCCUCUGACCAAAAUCUAGAUGACCAUACAAAGCUGGUGAAGUGGAACAUAAAACAGCAAACAGUGAGAAACGCGAAAACAAACGAGCUGCUUGGUAAGUUGACAAAAGCACAGAGUGAGGAUGAUUUGAAGCCUUGCCUCAAUAUCAUGGCGCAGCUGUUUGGGAAGGAGAUUGCUUCCUCCUCCAUGGGCACAUCAAACAAGUCAAGCGACCAAGAAUCAACCCCCGCAGUUGCGCCCACUUAUUCAUUUCCAAAGCUCACAACUAGGCUGGAGGUAGACGAGAACAUGAUGUCUAAGAUCAACGAGUUAUCUUCUUUGAGUCAGGUUGUUCAGCUGUAAUCUGGGACCUGGACUGGUCCUAUGCCUCCAAACCCCAGAGGCAUGUCGUGAAUACAAAAUGUGGACUGGUUUCUUGCUGUCUGAUAACGUCAAAACGUAAGCAGUACUGUUUAUCUAGUCUUUCCGUACUGUCUUGAAUAAUGUGACGAACUGUUUCCAACGAAGUAAAAAAAACACCAUGGGAGCAAUGGAGUUUUUUUUUAA